GCGUACUUCAGAGCGGCGCGUCUGCGGAGAGCCAUGGCCAGGCCGUGACCGCGGUCUGCGGCGAGUGUGGCGCGCCGCCGUGGCCUGCUGGGCAGAUGGGCGGACCUGCCACCAUCUUGCACGCGGGCGGUGCGGUGCUCGAGGUGCACUCCCUGCUCCUGGGGGAGAAGCUCAUCAUGGAGUUCCUCAAGGGCGCGUUCAGGGGUGCGCACGAUGCCCCCGUGGUCGAGAGGGACCAGGCUGUGUCGGUGGCGCAGCAGCUCAUCGGGGACUGCAAGUGCAUCGAUGAGGAGGCCAGCGAGUCCGUAGAGGCGCCGACGAAGGCGUUCGGUGACCAGGUCGCCCGCGUGCUCUACCCGAGCAUGGACGCGCUGUCGUCGGAGCAUGUCGGGAUCACCGUCCACCUGCCGAUGGGCGAUGUCGUGGUCCAGGCUGUAUGCGGGGAGCUCCCUGCAGUCCCUGUCUUCCCCGUGCUAGGCAAGUGCGGCCUGGCCGAGGACGAUCGGGACGUCGAGGACCUUCCCGAGGAGGCGGUCGAGCUGGAGGCCGUGAAGGUCAAGGCGAAGACCGUGAAGGUGGCGAUGGCGCGUCAUGUCGAUAGCAUCGAGGUGCUGAACGCCUCUGCUGGGAAGGCCGAGAAGAUCGUGAAGGUGCCGAUGGAAGAUCGCGUCGAAGACAUCGUUCACGUGCCGGCGGGCGUGACCCAGGAGUCCGAAGAGACCGAGAAGAUCGUGAAGGUGCCGAUGGCAGAGCACGUCGAGAACAUCGUUCACGUGCCGACGGGCGUCGGCGGCGGGCGCCUUGAGAGCGCCGCGGCGGGCUCCGAGCAGGACGAAAACGUCCACGAGUACGAGAAGGAGGUGAUGCAUGAGCUGAACGAAAUGAUGAAGGUCGUGAGCCUCUCUGGCGGCGAGGAGCCGAGCGCGAGGUGGCCGCGGAGCUGGGAGGCCACGGUCGCGGCCAGCCAGCUGGCGCACGCGAAGGUUGCCGCUGCGGCGGAAUGCCGCCGCGCCCAGUGGCGGCUCGAGCACGACGAGCUGGAGGACGCAGCGGUCUUCGGUACCGCGGUGCUGGCGGCCCCACGGGUGGCCACCCCCCAGUGCGAGACGAUGGUGGAGGCAGAGGUGCUGACGGGGCUGGCCGAGGACGAGAGCCAAGAGGGCAAUGUGAUCUACGCAGACGCUCCAGGCGGCCUCUGCGACCAGAUCGUGCAGGCCUGCGACUCCUUCGAGCCUGGCUCCGAGGAGCACGAGGCAGCGCUCGCGAGGGUGCUGGAGGGGUUCGGGCUCACAGUCGACGACUUCCGUUCCAUGCUCACGGCACCCGUGGGCAAGAAGCG